GAGGAGGGGCCGGCUCCGCCCCACCUCCUCGCCGCCUCCCUCCCCCUUCCCUUCCUUUCCUCCGGCCGCGCGCCCCCUCCUCCUCCCUCCUCCUCCUCCUCCUCCAUCCUUCCCCCACCCUGUUUGUGUGCCCCUCCCGCUGCGACUGGCUGGGAGGCUCGGCCGCCCCCGCCCCGAGAGGGAGGCGGGGGCACCAGCCGCGGCGGCCACCCGAGGCUGCGGAGGGGAACGAAAUCCGAGGCCCCGAGGCGGCCCUGCAUCCGGCCCGGGCACGCGGGGGCUGCCUCUGCACCCCCAGCCGAGGGCCGCGGGGCCUGGCCUCGUCGCGGGGUGGAGGAGCCUCCUGGCCCCCGGCCGCCAGCGCCCUGAGCCUGCCUGACCCCUCAGAGGGGCUCGCCCGCGGCCCCCCAUGAGCGCGCCCGGCUGACCCGCAGGGCGGCCGCGGUGGAGCCCGGGCGCCGCGGGGGCGUUGGGGCCAUGGCCUCGCUGGACCUGCCCUACCGCUGCCCCCGCUGCGGGGAGCACAAGCGCUUCCGGAGCCUGUCGUCGCUGCGCGCGCACCUGGAGUAUAGCCACACGUACGAGACGCUCUACAUCCUCUCCAAGACCAACAGCAUCUGCGACGGCGCCGCGGCCGCCGCCGCCGCUGCCGCCGCCGCCGCCGCCUCCGGCUUCCCGCUGGCGCCCGAGCCCGCCGCCCUGCUGGCCGUGCCCGGCGCCCGGCGCGAGGUCUUCGAGAGCACGUCCUUCCAGGGCAAGGAGCAGGCGGCUGGACCGUCUCCCGCAGCGCCGCACCUGCUGCACCACCAUCACCACCACGCGCCCCUCGCCCACUUCCCCGGCGACCUGGUGCCCGCCAGCCUGCCCUGCGAGGAGCUGGCUGAGCCGGGCCUGGUGCCCGCCGCCGCCGCCGCGCGCUAUGCGCUGCGCGAGAUCGAGAUCCCGCUGGGGGAGCUGUUCGCCCGCAAGUCGGUGGCCUCCUCGGCGUGCUCGACGCCGCCACCCGGGCCCGGCCCCGGCCCCUGCCCCGGACCGGCCUCCGCCUCGCCCGCGUCCCCUUCGCCCGCCGAUGUGGCUUAUGAGGAGGGCCUGGCGCGCCUCAAGAUCCGCGCGCUGGAGAAGCUGGAGGUGGACCGACGGCUGGAGCGGCUGAGCGAGGAGGUGGAGCAGAAGAUCGCGGGCCAGGUGGGCCGGCUGCAGGCCGAGCUGGAGCGCAAGGCUGCCGAGCUGGAGACGGCGCGGCAGGAGAGCGCGCGGCUGGGGCGCGAGAAGGAGGAGCUGGAGGAGCGCGCGUCUGAGCUCUCGCGCCAGGUGGACGUGAGUGUGGAGCUGCUGGCCUCGCUCAAGCAGGACCUGGUGCACAAGGAACAGGAGCUGAGCCGCAAGCAGCAGGAGGUGGUGCAGAUCGACCAGUUCCUGAAGGAGACGGCGGCGCGGGAGGCCAGCGCCAAGCUGCGGCUGCAGCAGUUCAUCGAGGAGCUCCUGGAGCGGGCGGACCGCGCCGAGCGGCAGCUGCAGGUCAUCAGCAGCAGCUGCGGCAGCACGCCCAGCGCCAGCCUGGGCCGCGGAGGGGGGGCAGGUGGCGCGGGGCCCGGGGCCCGGGGGGGCCCAGGCAGAACGCGAGAACACCACGCAGGCCCAGCCAUGCCCAGCACAUAUGCGGUGUCACGGCAUGGCUCCUCUCCCAGCACCGGGGCCUCCAGCCGCAUCCCAGCUGCAUCCCAGAGCUCGGGCUGCUAUGACAGUGACAGUCUGGAGCUGCCCCGGCCAGAAGAGGGGGCCCCUGAGGACAGUGGCCCCGGGGGUUUGGGCACAAGGGUCCAGGCUGCUAAUGGUGGCUCAGAGCGAGCCCAGCCCCCUCGCAGCUCAGGCCUGCGGCGCCAGGCCAUCCAGAAUUGGCAGCGCAGACCUCGCCGACACAGCACCGAGGGGGAAGAGGGUGACGUCUCGGACGUGGGCUCCCGAACCACGGAGUCAGAGGCCGAAGGCCCCUCGGAAGUCCCCCGCCCUGGGCCUUCUGCCACUGGGCCACUGAGCAGCUGCAGGCUCUCAGCCCGACCCGAGGGCGGCAGUGGGCGGGGUCGGCGAGCUGAGAGGGGCAGCCCCUCACGCUCCAAUGAGGUCAUCAGCCCGGAGAUCCUCAAGAUGCGAGCCGCCCUGUUCUGCAUCUUCACCUACCUGGACACGCGCACACUGCUGCAUGCCGCCGAGGUCUGCCGGGACUGGCGCUUCGUGGCCCGCCACCCUGCCGUCUGGACACGGGUGCUGCUGGAGAAUGCCCGGGUCUGUUCCAAGUUCCUGGCAAUGCUGGCUCAGUGGUGCACCCAGGCCCACUCGCUGACCCUGCAGAACCUGAAGCCCCGACAGCGGGGCAAGAAGGAGAGCAAAGAGGAGUAUGCCCGGAGUACCCGGGGCUGCCUGGAAGCAGGGCUGGAGUCUCUGCUGAAGGCGGCAGGGGGGAAUCUGCUGAUCCUGCGCAUCUCCCACUGUCCCAACAUCCUCACCGACCGUUCGCUCUGGCUGGCCAGCUGCUACUGCCGCGCGCUGCAGGCCGUCACCUACAGAAGUGCCACAGACCCGGUGGGCCAUGAGGUCAUUUGGGCCCUGGGCGCAGGCUGCAGAGAGAUUGUCUCCCUCCAGGUGGCGCCUCUUCACCCCUGCCAGCAGCCCACGCGCUUCAGUAACCGCUGCCUACAGAUGAUCGGUCGCUGUUGGCCCCACCUCCGGGCCUUGGGGGUUGGGGGUGCCGGCUGUGGGGUGCAGGGCCUGGCAUCACUCGCGAGAAACUGCAUGCGGCUGCAGGUCCUGGAGCUGGACCACGUGUCGGAGAUCACCCAGGAGGUGGCGGCUGAGGUCUGCCGGGAAGGCCUGAAGGGACUGGAGAUGUUGGUGCUCACGGCCACCCCCGUCACCCCCAAGGCCCUGCUGCAUUUCAACAGCAUUUGCCGGAACCUCAAGUCCAUUGUGGUCCAGAUCGGGAUUGCUGACUAUUUCAAAGAGCCCAGCAGUCCUGAGGCCCAGAAGCUGUUUGAGGACAUGGUGACAAAACUCCAGGCCCUGCGACGGAGGCCCGGCUUCUCUAAGAUCCUGCACAUCAAGGUGGAAGGUGGCUGCUAACCCGAGUUGGGGGCUGCAGGGCCCCUGCCAGCCCCACACCAGGGCACCCUCUUUGGACCUCCAGAGGGCCCCUGAUUUGGAUUAGACCUUUGGAGGCCUAGUGUUAUCCCUGGCUUCCAGGGAGGGGUUGCCAGUCUUUUGUCCUUCUGCUGGGACUGUGGAGCAACAGGCCUGACCCUGAGCACUGCCUCUCCGGGGCAGGGGUUCGGACAGAAGCUGGCCCCAACUCCCACCCCACCCCCAGUUGGAGCAGCCCUCUGGGCACAGGCAGCGAAGAGCUGAGUCACCACCAGCACUUGGUGUCACCGCCCUGAGGAUCUGCAAUAACCGCCAGUGGCUCCUCGGCUGCUCGGGCUCCUGGGGCAGGCCUCCCCUUUCCGAGGCCCAGCCUCUGGGUCAGGAGCCUCUGCUAGGCCCCCAGCCAGAGCGGGCUCCACAAGGCAGCUCAGACUUGGCAAGGAGGGCUCUUCUCUUCUCCCUGCCCUGUCCCAGCCCUGCGUGGGGCACCCCCUUCCGCCGGGGCUCUGGGUCCACACGCUCCAGGGAAAACACAGACAGGCCUAGGGGUCUGGGAAUGUGGUUGGCCGAAGGUGGGAGGUGAAGGUGCAGGCAGGUAGUGGGAGUGGGCUUGGAAGGGCAAAACAUUCAGGGUAUCGAGACCACCCCUCCCAAAGGGAGACAUUGCCAGGUAGAGAAAACUGAAGAGUUUUUAUUGGUGUAGAAAAGACAAGACCCCUGGCAGUCACCACUACCCCACGACACACCAGAACUAAAUUCAGAGCUAAAAGGUGCAUGUUUCUAUACCUUCCACCAACCCUGAGCCUCUGGAGGGGUGAGGUCCUAGCUCUGGGAAACGCUGUCAGCAGUGAGACGCAGUUCCUGCUUCUAAUUCAGGUGCUUGGUUAGGAGUCUGAUGGCCUUUGGGUCCCUAAGGCUAUGUGGGAGGGAGUCAGUGGGCUGCCCUGUGUGCUGGGGCCUGGAGGAGGCCAGAAGGAGGGUGGUUUGGUUUGCUUCUUUGUCUGGCUAGCUUGCUUGAAAAUGUGGCCUUGGUAGGGAGCCAGACCCAUGUGGCUGAGAACGAGGAGGAGCCUCCACAUUGGACUUGCCCCCCUCCUCAGUCUCUGCCAGCCCCAUGGGCUGAGGGCUGUGUUGUGGGGGUCUUCUGCCGGGGGCAGUGCUGGGAGCUGAGUCAGAAUCACUGGCUUAGAAUGCAACCUUGCAUGGUUUCCCAAGGACCAGGUCCUGGCACUAUGGCUCUAAAGACUCAGGGCUCCCCAGUUCCUCCUCUUAGGACUCCCACAGCAGCACACAGGCUGUGAAUCCUGCCAACGUUCAUUUGGAAAGUUCUUUCAAACACGAAUCUAGAUCCAUCUUAGGGUUUCCUUCUCUCCAGUUACAGGACGGGCUCUCAGUCCUAAUCAUUAGGCCACUAGUCCUGGCUUACGGCUGGGCCCCACUAGUUUCUCAGUCCUUUCCAGGGACGCAGCUUUCUGCCACACCUUGGCACAGACAUCAAGGCCCACCCUGGUUACCCUGUGACGAGGCCUCCAGAGCUGGGCGCCCGCAGGCCCAGCAGUGCGCUCAGCUUCCCCGGCUCCCAACCCAGCUGAGUCCUGGCGUUUCCCACUGUUGAUGACUUUUCCUCCAUGGCUUAUUCUGGCCCUGCCCUUUGAAGACCCCAGAUAUCAAGGGUGUCAUGUUGGCAACUCCCUGUCCAGCCCUGCAUGGAGCCUUGGCUGUGUGGCAUCUCCACCCCAAGAGCAGCAGCUUCCAUUGGCUCCUACCUCUCCAGCCCUGUCCCCAGGAGUCACGAAGGAGAAGCACAACUCUCCUGUGCUCCGCAGCCUGGAAGGGAGGUGGAGGUCCAUUCGGCCUGGCUGCCCUGGGUGUGUCUGUCCUGCUUUGCCAGCUGCACCCUCCAUAGCCCCUGCUCCCUGCGACCCCAGGACCAGAGGGGCUUCCCUCCCUGUCUCCUGGACAAAGCACAAGGGGAUGCUUGCUUGGCCUGAGCCUGUCCUACUAAGGGACUUUUUUUCUGCCCCAGGAAGCCUCCAUCCCUGAAGACAAGGCUUUGGGCACUUUCUCCCUGGGAAGGUGCCCACUGGAACUGGGUCAGUUCUGGGAAAGCUCAGGGUGCACAGGCAGCAAGCUCAAGUGGGAGAAGGGUGGUGCUGGAAGGUCUGACCUUUGUCCCAGGCUUCUUGUUCGUUCACCUGUGCAGUGGUGCUGAGCACCACCCCACGGGGGGCAGCGGUGAGCAAGACUCCCCUCUCCUCUGGAGGUUAGCCUCUCACGAGUUUGGCUGUUUCCAGGGAACCCACCUGUAUUUUCCAGCUGAGUGUGGGAGGGCCGUGUGGGCAGGCAUGUCGCACAGGCCCAAGCCCCUGCCAGUGGCAAUGACGGGUCACAGCGUGUCCCACUGCACACCUGGGGCUGACAGACUUGUGCGCCCUGGCCUUCAUGUCUGUCCUGCAAACUGGCGGGUUUGCAGGCUCCCCCCAGCCCCCCACCAGCUCGUUAGUAUUUUUGCCUCUCCUCAGGGGGAUAAGCACUGCUGCUGAGUGAGGAGCUUUUGUUUGCUUGGAUGCUCCGUGGGUCACUUCUUUGGCAACCAUACACCAAGGGCUAAGGGAUGGGAACAGGGACAGAGGGCCUGGCCACCCCACAAAGCACCUCAUUCUUCACUUGCCCAAGGAGAGCCCUCCUCCACAUCUCACACCUGAUGAGCUGCAGAGUGGAGUAUCAGAGAGCAAACCAAAGUGGGCCCUGCUCUGGGGUCCCAGCAUGUGGAGAGGUCCCACGGGUGGUGGCCACUUGCUGUCCCUACCACCUCUCCUUGCCAUACAGCCCAGCCCAGUCCUGGGAAACUUGGCAGAUUUGCCUUGAGUGUGUCAUCAUGCUUUAUUCAGGCUGCCUCCCCACAGCCCUGGCAGACAACAAAGGAGAUGCUGUAUCGGGUCUCUAAAGGAAAGGGAGUGGGCUGCCCAGAACCAUGGCUUUCACUGGCCACCCAAGGACCCAGGCAGCAUGCUUUCCUAGUCCCAUGAAAGUGGACUUUGAGCCAGCCCCUUAAGAACUGCUGGGGGAGAAAAGAAAAAAAAAAAAACAAGCCACCUCUUUCCCAAGACCUGCUGCUCCGAGGUUUGACUCUGUCCCUUGCCUUUGGGUCCUGCCUGUCCCCGGGUCCUGAUCUCUAGUCCUCUGGGCUGCAGGCGGGGAGCUGCCCAGGCCCCAGUCCCUCUUAGGCGCUAAGUUGAAGACCUUUCCAGAGUGAUUAUUGGUGCCAAAGAUCCAGUUCCUGGUGGACUUGGGGUGAAGACAGGAGAAUGGGUGCAGGGCCCAAGUGCCCAGAGGAGUUAACUCAUACCAGUGGGAUCUGUCCCAGCCUGUUGGUCCCUGAUGAGUCUAACUUCCCUCCCCCAGGGGCCUGGCACUUCUCUCUUUACCCCUGGUGGCCAUGCUUUCUCACCCAGCCUUGUCCCAGGCCCGCAUAUCUGUAUAUAUUGCUGUGUAUUUUGUGUAUGUAUUUAUUCCCAGACAAGUGUGUUCAUCUACAGCCUUGCCUGAGGAUAAGGUUUAGGAUUGGGUGAAGAUCAGAAUACCAGGGCCAACUAAAGCAACCAGCUCCUAGUCCUACCCCAACCCCUUGGGACCCUGGCCAGUCCCAAGACUGCCCUGACAAUCAGGCAGGCUUCCCCGCCACGAGUCCAAGCCUCACCUGCCACCGCUGGCAUGGCCCCAGGCUCAGCUCUGCCCUGCCAGGGGUCUUGUAUUCAGGGGCAGGCAUGCUGCGUGGCUGGCACCAGUAGGCCCGGCUCUUCUAGUGAGGCCUACUGGCAGGGACCUCCAACUGGCCCCCAGGCCCUGCCUUCCCUGCACAGCCAGGCUGCAAUGGGCCUGAGCUGUGACGGGGUCUUCCCCCACCCCAAGCACAUCAGGCAGAGGGGUGGAGAGCAUUUCUUGGUUUUGUUUCUGAAGUGGUGCCUGUACCUCCAGCCCCCAGGGGGCCUUCCCUGGCCCCACUUUUCGGCCCCACCCAGGCAUCACCAUCCCAGCACUUUGCUCCACAUCACCCAUAGAUGCCCUUUGCCGAAUGUACUCGAGUGUAUGUAUUUAAAGACUCACAUGGGCAUCAGAAUUUGUGGCUUUGUAUCCAAUAAAAGAUGGUGAAACUGGAACAGUUAUCUGCCUCAGGGAAGUAAAUGGUAGGUGGCCACAUCUGCCAGUCUGUCCCCAAGCCUUUCUGAGGCUGAAUGCACUGAGGAAGGAGGUGGAUGAACUGAGUGGCAUCAGUGAGGUGAAGUGAAGCAUCAGGAUGACCUGUCUCAGGACAGCAGACAUCGCUGGAGGAAGGCCACGAAGGCUUCUGCCCCUGCCACAGCUUUCGGUGUCUGCAGGCGGACAGAAAGACUUGGGGUGUCAUUUCUGACUCUCAGCCAGAAGAAGCCAUCCUCAAGGGCAACCCAGCAUAAGUACAGCAGGAACAGCAGACACCACCCAUCCCCUCACUGGCAUGGUCACCCUAGG